GAGCGUCUCUCUCUGCCGAAGCUCAAUCGUCAGUGGACUCCGUACUCAAGCAUCUCAAGGGACAUUCUCGCCGACUGCAGACGGCACUUUCCGCUCAUGGCGACGAACUGAGGCUGCUGGAGCGACUGUACUACAAGGGCAAGAACCAGCACAGGUCCGCCAUAUUUUGGCAACGCGCCGUCGAGAUGCGAAGGUUUGGUCGCAGGCUCGCGGACAUGAUGCUGGCAGAGAUGGUCGAGGCUUUCCGAGGCUCCUUCUGGGGGAACGCGUUACUAGAAAAUCCCAAGGUCAUGAAAGGAGCGUGGACGCAUGUACCGAUUGCUGGUUUCGCUUCUCGUGUACAUGAACGGCUGUCGGCUGCUUGUCAAUUGCUGGAAGAGACACGCCUGCGUCUCUCGUCGGCAUACAGCUGUUUCACGUCAGCGAUGAAGACCGCAUACUUCCUGCAGCUGGUUCUCACUCUCACAGCCAUUGCCGCCCGGUUGAACGCCCUGCUACUCGAGAUUCACCCGAUGUUCGAAGAAUGUAUCGAGACAAUACACACAUUGAUCCAUGUGCUAGAUCCGUCCACUCUUCCCAGGAUUACUGCUACCACAAGCCAGCCGAAACUGGACGCUUCAUCGACACCUCCUUUCGUGGACACCCCGGGGGGUGAUGAUGACGUGGAAGACCUGGACAGUGCAGUCACCACGAAUCCACAACGCAACCCCUCGGGUUCUCUAGUUGGGGGACUCGCUCCUCGCGAACAUGUGACUCGUCAUUUUACGAAUCUUGACCGCCCAGGUUACAGGCCCGGCGACACACCCAGCUCUUCGUCACGGUUUGGUUCAGAUUCCACCACGGCGCAGAUGCCAGCUCCGACUCGAGACGUUUCAGGUCGCCCAAAAUCAUCCACUUCCAGGACUGCCGCCGUCGCUCCUGUGAAGUCUUCUAUUGUCGUGGCCAAAAGGAAAACACAAACACAAGCCGACUCGCCGCUCCCAAAGCCGGCAAUGAAGAAAGUCAAAAAGGUCAAAGCGGACGAGAUAGACGACAUCUUCUCGGGCAUUUGAUGACUAUAAGUAGCCUCGCCCUGGCCGCCGACACUAAGUACACCCAAGCGUUCUGGGUCUUAGCCCAAGACUCGGUAUCACCGAGCAGGUAUAUACGGCGAGCGUAGUUGUUUUAACUACCUACUCUUGUCGACUUUUCGGACCCGUACGCUCAUGCGAAGUGUCGGACGAGUGUCAGAUGGUCGAUAUUAUGAAUAGACGUGAUGAUCGAAGGCACAAGGUCAGGGGAACGCAUGCACGCUUAUCAGAUCAGAACGUCAACAAUUACACUCGGCAUCCUCAUGAUCAUAUAUAGGGCGUGCAGAACGCCUCGCAUCGGCAUCCGAACACAUACCAAGUUAUCUCUACCCCGAAACCUACGGACAAUGUCGACCUUCACCAAGGACGCCUUCGUCAAGAGCGACCAGUACCACAACUCGUUCCUCAUCCCGAAGGACGAGAUCUUGGAGGCUGCAGUCGAGAACAGCGCCGCGAACGGCCUUCCAGACAUAGCCGUCUCCGCUGCGCAAGGAAAAUUCCUCUCGCUCCUCGCCAAGUCCAUCGGAGCCAAGCGCAUCCUCGAAGUCGGCACUCUGGGCGGUUACUCUACCAUCUGGCUCUCCCGCGCACUCCCCGCGGACGGGAAGCUUAUCACCUGCGAACUCUCCCCGAAGCACGCGGAGGUCGCCCGUGCCAACAUCGCCAACGCAGGUUUCGCCGACAAGGCCGAGGUGCUCGUCGGCCCCGCCGCCGACACCCUCAAGGGCCUGAACCCCCCGGAGCCGUUCGACCUCGCCUUCAUCGACGCCGACAAGCCCUCGAACGUCAUCUACUUCAAAGAAGCGGAGCGCCUCGUCAAGUCGGGCGGAGUGAUCAUUGUCGACAACGUCGUGCGUCAAGGUAAAGUGGCCGACACGACGGUCGAGCCCGACGCCAACUCGAAGGGGGUCCGCGCGCUCCUCGAGUAUCUCAAGACCAACACCGAGGUGGAUGCGACCACCAUCGCAACCGUCGGAGAGAAGGGUUUCGACGGCUUCCUGUACGCUGUCCGCAAGUAGAUGCACCGUACAACGAUACAGCGUACCGCAUCCAUGUGUAGCGUUUAUUUGCAGAGCGUCCCCGGAAUGUAGAUGUCUACC